UUACUAACCUAGUAGUUUUUAUUUGGUCAAGCACUUAAUCUAUCACAGAUAGGAUGUAAGCAUUUAACAUAAUAAUAUAGUCUAAGAAAUGAAAAUUAAUGAAUUAUAAGUUCAACAGUUGCACAUCAAAAAUUGGAUUAAACGGUAAAUGGAAUAUUUCAAGGAUAUGUCAACAUAUCUCAAAGUAAAAUUCUUAAAUAUGUUAUUUUCAAAAUAAUUCUAUUUAUGCCUGAGAUCGUCCAAUUUUCAAAUUAGAAAUCGCUGUAUAUUUUAAUUGUUAAAAUUGUUAUAUCAUUAUUUAUUACAUUAAAUUUUGAAAUAUGCGAAAAUAUUACCAGGCUGCACUUGUAAUAAUUGCCAUAGUGAGUCUAGUAUCCUUAUUAUUUUAUAGACAUGAAUAUAACAAAUUAAGAUAUGUUUUAGAAGUUUUUAAUUACUUUGGUAAGCCAAAUCAGAGAAGUGAAAUGAAUUGCACAAAUAAUGUACCAGUAUUUACCAAAUUUGAUAUGAAAUUUGAAGAACCACUUUCUGCCUGGCAAAGAUUAGAUGAUGAUUUAUAUGUUUAUUCUGCAUAUAAUAUACGUGACAAAGAAAUUCAAGUAAUAGGGUUUGGUUCAUCAAACAGCAUUAAGGAUAUGCAAUGUCAAAUAUUAUUUGAAAAUGAAAUUGAACCAGUCUUAGGAAGCUUUAAUUAUCUUUCAAUUAAUAGUAAUAAUUUAAAUAGUACAAGUACUGGUAGAAAUAUUGAUUAUAGAGGAUAUCAUUUUUAUUGUACGUAUACAAAAAAUAAGAUACCAAUAGGAAUAAUGUUUCUUACAAAAUCUAAUUCAGAUCUUCAGAAUAUACCUAUAUUACCAAUCAAAAAUCAAUCACAUAACUUAAAUUAUGUUAAUAUCGGAGUAUGCAUAACACCAUCAUUAACAAAACCAAUACAACCGUUACAAAUGAUUAGUUUUAUACAAUUUCAUGAUAUAAUUGGUGUGGAUAAUUUUAUAGUAUAUGAUUUUGGUAUUCCAAGUCAAUAUAAUAGCAAUUUUAAAGAACUAUCUAAAUCUCCAAAUCCAUAUUGGAAAUUUACUUAUACAAUAGUGCCAUGGAAUUUUCCUUUCCUCAAUACUCAUCCUACUAUAAUAAAAGAUUUGAUACAAGCAGAUUGUUUGUACCGUACAUAUAAUAAAGUUAUGUAUAUUACUACAUUAUCUUGGGAAGAGUAUAUAGUUUUAAGAUAUCAUCAUUCCCUUACAGAUUUAAUGACAGAUUUUAAAAAAUCUAAAAUGAAAGCAGAUCGUUAUAAAUUAAAGACAUUGACAUUUUGUACACAACAAACAGAUAGUGUAAGCAAUAAAAAUGUAACAUUAAUGAUAUUUAGAAAAUUACAUUAUGACACAAGUAUACCUGAUAAUCAACCAAUUUAUAUUUAUAAUACACAUGAAGUAUUUAAAAAAAAUAUUUAUACACGUGACAUUGGAAAAGAUUUAGUCAUAUUAAAUCGUUAUCAGUACUGUCCUGGAAAAUCAAAUAUAGAAACAGGCACUGAAGACACUACAAUUUUAAGAUUCACUGAAGAUGUACAGAGUUCACAAAUAUAUAGGAAAUUUAUAACAGAAAAUAAAUUUUUAUUAAAUAGUAGCAACUGAUGCUUAGAUUUAAUGUAUUUAUAAGAAAAUUUUAGUCUGAAAAUUUAAUUAUAAGAUAUUAGAA